AUGAAACAAUACAAUCACAAUAAUACAAGCAAAUCUCACGAUUCAGUUGUAUCCACACAACAAAGCUUUAAGAAAAACCAAAGCAACGGAAAAGAGGAGAACGAUACAGAUACUUUUUGGUCUUUUGCUUUGAUCAAGAACACAGUCUCGAUUCGAUCGAAUUAUAAAGAUAAAGAUAAAGAUAAUAAAGAUGAUACAGUGAAACUAGCUAGUUUAGGUGGAAUAGAAGAUUAUUAUUUCAACAACAAAAAGAAAGGAUUAAGAGUUAAACUUAUACAACAAGUAGAAGUAGAAGAAGAACAAGUUUUAAAAGUUGAAUCUGACGAAGAACAAGAACAAGAAUAUCAUUCAAUAUACAACAAUGACAAAAAAGAACGACAUGAUGAUGCAUUUGCAAUUAUGAUGUGUGGACAUGAUCCAUCACUUAAUUUAUUGGGUAUAUCGACGGUGGUAGGAAACCAAACAGUUGAAAAGACAACGAUCAAUGCACUGCGUGUAUGCAAGUUUAGUUCAAUGGAGCAUGUUGAUAUUGUAAAAGGUGCCGGUAAGCCAGUCGUUAGAGAUGCACUCAUUUGCCCAGAGAUCCACGGUGACACUGGCCUCGAUUCGAGCAUUGUAAUUGAUGUAGAGACAAAGGCACCACUGCCAGGCAAGGCAAUCAAUGUAAUGUACGAGUACAUUGAAAAAGUGUUUAGAGAGACUGGCCAACAAACCACAAUCAUUGCCACUGCAUCACUUACCAAUGUUGCAUUGUUGUUUGCAGUGUAUCCAGAGAUCAAGGAGAUGAUUGAAUCUGUAACUCUAUUGGGUGGAGCAAUGACGACGGGGAAUAUAGGACCCGUUGCAGAGUUUAAUAUUAUGGUCGAUCCAGAAGCUGCCAAGAUGUGUUUUGAAAGUGGUGUCAAGAUUGUAAUGGUGCCAUUAGAGGUUAGUCAUCGUGCAUUGAUCGAUUCCCACAUUGUCGAUAGAAUUCAAAAGAUUGGAGACACCAAUUUCAUCAAACUCUGUGUAGAGUUGUUAAAGUUUUUUGCCGAGAAUUAUAAAACUAUGUUUGGUAUGGAACAUCCUCCACUUCACGAUCCAUUGGCCGUAGCACAUGUCAUCAAUCCUUCUAUAUUUAAAACACGUCAUCUUCGUGUCGACGUUGAAUGUACCUCCCAUCUAUCUUUUGGACAGACUGUCUGCGAUGUUUGGAACAUGUCAAAAUUACCCAAAAACGUUCAUGUCGCUGUUGAAGUAGAUAUUGAUAAAUUUUUCGAUCUCUUAAUUGAUUCAAUCGAUAAAAUUUUAACAAUUUUGUAUUGUCAAUUUACUUUUGGAGAGGAAUUAAAUAAUUUAGUUCUAAAAGUAGAUUUUAAUAUACAAAAUCAUUUAAAACUUGUCAAUGAUUUAAGAGCAGCCAAAAAAAUACCACCUCUAAAACUAUCAAAGUGUUUGGUACAAGUUGCUCAAAACCAUGCCAAUUACAUGGCAAAAUCGAAUAAACUCACCAAUGAAGAUCCAGAAGGUGGAAUGUUUGAUCGUAUUACAAAGGCCGGCCAAGAGGCGACAAAUGUAUCGACUGGAGUUGCAUAUGGCUCAUACUCGGAUGCUGGCACUGUCAAUCAAUUAAAUUCUAGUCCAUCCCGUGACAAUAUGAUAUCCGAAACCUACACUCAAUUUGGUGUUGGAAUGAAGCAAUCUUCUGAUGGUACUCCAUAUUGGUGUCAAUUCUAUUCAAAUGGUCAAUGUCAAACAAAAUAA